AUGUCUACGGUGACCCGCGCCUACCUCGACGAGAGGCUCGCCGCCUUCAAGUGCUGCUCCAAAGAGGCUGCCAUGGCCGGAGCCAAGGCCGCGGCUGUCGCCACCAUCGCUGCCACAGUCCCCACCCUGGCGAGCGUGAGGAUGCUGCCAUGGGAGAGUGCGCACCUCAACCCGACCGGGCAGGCGCUCAUCAUCUCCACCGUCGCCGGGAUGGCCUACUUCAUCAUCGCCGACAAGACCAUCCUCUUAAUGGCCAGGAAGCACUCCUUCGAGGACGCGCCAGACCACCUCAAGAACACCUCCUUCCACUGA